AUUAAUAAAACGAACGAAAUUGAAGGCGGGAGAAUAUUGAAUUUCUGUGUUGAAAUCUUGAAGUUUUGGAGGGAUUGUUUGAAGCAUGGUUUGAAUGUUCAGAGAUUAGACUGAAUCCUGCCUAAGGUUUUGAAUCAAUGAGUCAUGAAAAUGGUAAGUUAUGGACAUUGGGGAAGGGUUUAUCAAAAGACAAAUUAACUUGAACUCAAAUUAGGACAAAUAUUUGAAUAGAGUUGAAAUCAAAUCCCUGAACUCUGAAGAUAUGAGACAGAAGUUGCAUAAAUUUGUGAUAUGCUGAGAUUUUGUUUUCUCUAUUCAUACACUUUGUUAAGCCAAAUUAAGAAAACUUACUUCACAGACAGUGAAAACGACAACACCUUCCUUCACAGUUGACCGUUUUUUUUGCUCAGUUGAGUGGGCUUAUUGGACUGGGCCGAUGAAAAAAUUAUGGCCCAUUACAACUAAAACCUCCAACAACUCACUCUCAUUGGUUAAUUUUAAAAUUUGGCUCAAAGUACCAAAAUAACCUGAUUUUAAGGUAACAGAAGCCCUACAAAUACGAGUAUCUAUCAGAAGACUCUUCACAUCACAGUCACAAACCAACAUGAGAUCUCCAUCGAUGAACCAUUUUUCUUCCUUGUUUACAACAAACAUUGGUUCACCAACAUCAUGGUUCACUAUAUAUGCUUCCUUCUCUUCAUUUAUGAUGAUUUUAAGAACUGUAAUCAAUGAUCUCAUUCCCUUAAGGCUUAGAACAUUCAUCAUCUCAAAGCUACAAUCUUUCUUCACAAAUUACCAACCCAACAAUCAUCAAGUCUCACUUCAAAUCUAUCAACUUUGGGAUGGAACUCCCAACAAUCUUUUCCAUGCAGCCAAAGAGUAUCUCCCUACUAAAAUAUCCAACACUUACAAAUCCCUCAAAGUAGGGAAACUAUUCAAUCAAAACAACAUACUAGUAGCUUUUGAUGGAAAGCAACCAGUGGUAGAUGAAUUUGAAGGUAUCAAGAUUAAAUGGCUACUUGUUGAAAAAACCAAAAAUCGUCCUUCAGGAAAUACCAAAAGUGAACUUGAUGAAAUAUAUGAUGGUGAAAUGUAUGUGUAUCAGAAUAUGCCAAGAGAAUAUGAGGGGAAUGGAUUUGUGUUAAGUUUUGAUGAGAAGCAUAGAGAUAAAGUAAUGGAGAAGUAUCUUCCACAUGUUUUAAGUACUUAUGAAACUAUAAAAGCUGAGCAGAGGAUUCUCAAGAUACAUUCAGGUGGAGGUGGUGGUUGGAGAUCAAGUAAUUUUAAUCAUCCAGCUUCAUUUGAUUCACUUGCUUUGGAUCCUGAUUUAAGGAAAACUAUAACAGAUGAUUUAGAUAGAUUUUUGAGGAGGAAAAAGAUCUAUAAAAAAGUUGGUAAACCUUGGAAACGUGGUUAUCUAUUGUAUGGUCCACCAGGAACAGGAAAAUCUAGUCUUAUUGUUGCUAUAGCAAAAUAUUUGAAAUUUGAUGUCUAUGAUUUGGAUCUAAGUUCUGUGAUGUCUAACUCAGUACUCACUACAGUCUUGAGAGCGACAUCUAACCGAUCCAUCAUCGUCAUUGAAGACAUUGACUGCAACAAAGAGGUGCUCGAUCGAUCAAAAUCUGCUGCUGACAUGAAUCCAGAUAUGGAUCCAGUAGGCUCUUUCUUGGGGGUUAAGCAGAUGGCUAUGGGUGGUAGAGGUAGAUCUGACAAUUCUGGAAAGUUUACUCUAUCAGGACUUCUUAACUAUAUGGAUGGUUUGUGGGCAUGUUGCGGGGAGGAACGAAUUUUGAUAUUUACUACGAACCAUAAAGACAAAAUAGAUCCAGCAUUGUUGCGCCCUGGUCGCAUGGACAUGCAUAUUGAGUUGUCUUAUCUUAAAGCCAAGGCAUUCAGAAUCUUAGCUUCUAAUUAUUUGGACAUUGAAGAACAUCACCACCCUUUCUUAGAACAAGUUGAUGAACUAUUGGAUAAAAUGGAUGUCACCCCUGCAUUAGUGGCAGAGCAUUUGUUGAGAGGUGAAGAUGCUGAUGUUGCUCUCAAAACACUUAUUAAACUUCUUCAAGGAAUGGACAUUUCAAGAGGGAAUGAAUGAAGACUAUAGUCAGCAAGUAUAGAGUCAAGUCUUCUCAUUAGGGUCCUUACUAGUGAAAAACUAACAUUAAAAUUUCAUUAUUAUGUCAUUUAAAUUUCAUUAUUAUGUCAUUUAAA